AUGGAAGAGCUUUCGAGUAUUACUGUGAGUCAGCGCGAGCAGUUUCUGGUGGAGAACGAUGUGUUCGGGAUCUACAAUUACUUUGACGCCGGCGACAUUGCUACUCAGAAAUUCAUGGUGGAGAUUCAGCGAGACAAGCAAUUGGAUUAUCUCAUGAGAGGCUUAAGGCAGCUAGCUCCAUCGUUUUCUUCCUUAGAUGCUAAUCGACCUUGGCUUUGCUACUGGAUUCUGCAUUCAAUUGCUCUACUUGGGGAGUCUGUAGAUGAUGAAUUAGAAAACAAUGUCAUCGACUUUCUUGGACGUUGUCAGGGCUCUGAAGGUGGAUAUGGUGGUGGUCCUGGCCAACUUCCACAUCUUGCAACAAGUUAUGCUGCUGUGAACACACUUGUUACUGUAGGAGGUGACAAAGCCCUUUCUUCAAUUAAUAGGAUGCAUGAUAUGGGAGAAAUGGAUGUUCGAGCUUGCUACACUGCAAUUUCGAUUGCAAGCAUCUUGAACAUUUUGGAUGAUGAACUCACCCGGGGCCUAGGAGAUUACAUCGUGAGUUGCCAAACUUAUGAAGGUGGUAUUGGAGGGGAACCUGGCUCCGAAGCUCACGGUGGGUACACCUACUGUGGGUUGGCUACUAUGAAUUUAAUCAAUGAGGUGGACCGUUUGGAUUUGGAUACAUUAAUGAAUUGGGCUGUACAUAGACAAGGAGUAGAAAUGGGAUUUCAAGGUAGGACAAACAAAUUGGUCGAUGGUUGCUACACUUUUUGGCAGGCAGCCCCUUGUGUUUUACUGCAAAGGUUAUAUUCAACCCAUGAUCUUGAGGGAGUGGUCACGGAGUCCAUCAUACAUCCACCUACAUUAAUAGGAGAAUGCAACCGGUUUUUGAUAGCCUCGGUUUGCAGAGAUAUGUACUCUUGUGCUCUAAGGCUCGUUUUCUGUACAUCUAUUCUGGGGGUUUUGAUAUGUUUCGGGGACAAUCAUCAGAUCCCUGACGGUGGAUUUAGAGACAAGCCGAGGAAAGCCCGUGACUUCUACCACACAUGUUAUUGCCUAAGCGGUUUGUCUGUGGCUCAGCACGCUUGGUCAAAAGACGAGGGCACUCCUCCGUUGACUCGUGACAUUUUGGGUAGCUACUCUAAUCUCCUCGAACCUGUUCACCUCCUCCACAAUAUCGUCAUGGAUCGAUACAAUGAAGCUAACGAGUUCUUCUAUAGAGCAGCAUAA